UGGCUCCGAAAAAGUUAACCUUACUAGGUUAAGUGAUCGCGGCCGUACACGUCAUACUUGGGUUGCGGGAAUUUUGAAAGAAGUGCGCGGCAAGGGAAUCGCGUCCGUACCUCCGGACUUUCCCCGGUUAUACGGACAUUACCGCCCUUUGCCGCAGAGCCAUGGGCCGAUGCUUGGCCGCGGACCUUCUGGAGGUACGACAAAAACGGCGCAUCUAUGACAUUACGAACGUCCUUGAGGGUAUUGGUCUUAUAGAGAAGAAGAGCAAGAACAGCAUUCAAUGGAAGGGUGCAGGACCUGGCUGCAAUACACAGGAGGUUGGCGAGAAACUGACAGACCUAAAAGAAGAGAUCAGCAAAUUAGAGGAUCAUGAACAGCUAUUAGAUACCCAUACUCGAUGGAUUCAGCAAAGCAUAAAGAAUAUAAAGGAUGAUAAUAUAAAUAAGAAAUAUGCAUAUAUCACAUACGAAGACGUUAAAGAGAACUUUGUGGAUCAAUUUGUACUAGGAAUACAGGGUCCUCCAGACUUGGAAAUAACAGUACCAAAUAUCUUGAAGACUGUCGUACAAGACGAUACAGUGAUAAAUUAUAACAUGAUUCUGAAAAGUAAUUUGGGAGAAAUUAAAGUAUAUAUGGUCCAACCUGAGCUAGCUAAAACUUAUGAUAAUAAAGUGUUAGAAAUGAGAUUACGAGAAGAGAUAAAGGGUACAAAGCGCGGAAACGAAGAUGAGAAGAAAGAGGAAGUUACUGUUAAACCAAAGAGGAAAGUUGGAAGGCCACCAAAAAACAGCAUUAAACCAGGUCCGGUAAUAACUGAUGAUGAAGAAGAAGAAGAUUCGGAAUUAAUAGAGGCUAAGAUAGUCUUACGUGAUGUAAGCACCACAGAUAUUGUCCAAAGAGAUUUGGAGUUUCUUGAUCAAUUGUAUUCUGACUUUUGCGGACCGUUAAUGAGAUUAAGUCCACCUCCUGGGGAAAAAGAUUACCAUUUCAAUCUUAGUGAGAACGAAGGUGUUUGUGAUUUAUUCGACAUUACGACAUAAUGAGUGUUGAGUUGACGUAGCUUUAAUAUGCGAAAUGGAGACUGUGCCAACAGCAUGCAAAGUUUAUCAGAAGAAUCUGAUAAAAUCAUUGAGAAAAAUUUGUGCAUAUAAUUUUAGGGAAAUUAAUGGAUCACGAUCAUUGAGAAUAUACAGUAUUUUUUUAUUAUUAAAAGUACGGAAAACUAGUACGAGGUAUUGUGAAGAUAUACAACCUGUUCUGACCGCUGUUUAUUUGGUACAUUACUGAGACUAAU